UGUUUCAGAGCUAAAAAUACACAUGUACAGAAUAAGCCAAUUCUACUAUGCACGAUGACAUUUCUGUUGUUCUAUUAGGCGAUUUUCCAGAUAUUGUUUAACAAGAGAAAAUGACUUAAUUCUGAAUAGAGUGCAAAGUGGCGUCAUCAGUCGGACUACCUGAUACAAUUGGGAACUAAAUUUUGCAACACUAAUAUUGAGACUCUCAACACUAAUGUAGGGAAAGGCUGCGUACAAUAGACCCAAAGUGUAUAUAUGUUGUGUUUGUCUUGUACAGGCCCAGGCCCAUAGUCUAGAGUGAGGCCCAGGCCCAUGUAACCUUGUAUAUAUCUCUCUCCUCCUCAAUACAGAAAACUGUUCGGUCAUUCUCUCUUCCUCACGUUUUCUAACAUGGUAUCAGACCAGGACCAAACCCUAGUCCCUCUUCCAGCCGCCACCCAUGAAAUCGCCGCCGGUGAGGUGAUUCAGGCGGAUCUGUCUGGUGAGGAGACAUCCACAUCGCUGCCCCAUCCCAUCUUCGUCAUCAACCUGUAGGAGCUGCUCCUCCUCUGUGUGUCCUCACAGCUACUCUGUGAGAAUACUUCCCCUGCUCUCCAGCAGCCAUCUCCAGCAAGCUCUUGGUGCCUUCCCUGCUCUACAGCAAGCUCCAGGCGUUCCCCUUCUAUCCAGCAAGAUCCAACAAGCUCCACCUUCUAUCCAGUGAGAUCCAGAUCCAGCUUCUGUUUGUGGCUGUCUGCUGCUCUUCUCUUGUUGCUGCCUGCAGCUGCUAUCAGAUUGGGUGUUUCCAGCUGCUGACCGCUCACCACUAUGGCAAGAAAUGAUUUCGGAUUUGGUUCUUUGAUCGUAGAUAUCAAGCUUGAUGGUUCAAACUACAGGGAAUGGGCAUUUUCUGCCCGGACUGUCUUGAGGACGGCUGGUUUUGUUUCUCAUCUGACAGAUGAUCCACCUAGUCCAAAUGAUGAUGCAGCAAGGAAGUCUUGGCAAAGGAUCGAUGAUCGUGUGAUGGGAGUUUUAAUUCUGGGUGUUGAACCCUCACUCCGAAUGAGUCUUGAGCAUCACACUUCAGCUAAAGAGAUAUGGAAGUACUUUGAGCAGCGCUACCUUCAGCCCAGCAGUGCACUUCAUUUCUCCUUGUUGCAGAAUUUACACAACACUCGGCAGCCAGAAGACAUGUCCAUAGAAGAGUACUAUGGAGCUUUCACUCGCAUCACUGGGCAGCUAGGUUCCAUGGUUCCAAAGGGUAAUUCUGGUUGUGAGUCAUGUGCAGCAAAGGAAAAGUAUGACCAUCAGACUCUCAUGUUUCAGUUUGUGAUGGGUCUCAAGCCAGACUUUGAGAACAUUCGCACUCAAUUGCUUGGUCGUACGACUCCUCCCACCUUGACAGAGGCACUUGCUAGCUUGAUCGCUGAGGAGACUCGUCUCCGUUCUCUUGGGGCUACUUCUGCGCAGACUCUACACACUAGUGUUCUGGCUUUUCCUCAGCGGCCAGGUGCCUCCAAGGCCACACCUUCAACUGUCGUCUGCUCGUUCUGCAAGAAGGCAGGACACCACAGAGAUGGUUGUUUCAAGCUUCAUCCAGAGCUGUUAGCUGAGUUUCAGGCUAGACGGGCCCUCAAUCAGCAGCGUCGUGCACCCCAGGCUCCUUAUCAGCAGCAAGCGAGGGGUGCUUCUACAUUUGUUCUCUCUCAGCCCGCUGUUGCUGCAACCCAGCCUUGGGUUCUGGACUCUGGAGCUUCUUUCCGUGUGACCUCUGAUCACUCUCAGCUUGUGUCUUGCCAGCCAGUGCGGGAUGGUGCCUCUGUUCAGACUGCUGAUGGACCGUCAGAGCAAGAGGGUCAUUGGAACUGGCCAUCGCCGUAGAGGAUCCACAUCCCUCUACAUCCUUGACACCUUACACCUUCCUUCAGCUUCCACCACAUCCGCGUUCCAGAUGGCUGCAUCAACAUCAAGAUCCACUUCGUCGUUUUCUUUUGCCCAGUGGCACCAUCGCUUAGGUCACUUGUGUGGUUCUCGUUUAUCUACCCUUGUUCGACAAGGUGUUUUGGGUC